AUGACUGACCGACUUCCGCCUAACCUUCUUGCGCUCUUCGCGCCCCGGCCACCGCUGCGCUGGGUGCCGCCUUGCGAUCAUCCUCCUGAGCAACGCAAGACCGCAGCGGUUUCUGGUCUCGCCGAGUUCCUACCCGCUAUGGCACAGUACGAGCGCGAAUACGAGUAUCAUCCGACGGAAAGCUGGCUUGAGGCACGCGAUCGCAAGAAGCGCGAGAAGCAGGCCCAGGUCGAGAAGCUUCUCACAGAGGGACCAAAGAAAUUUAACCCGCACGAGGAUCCCAACAUCCGCGGUGACGCUUUCAAGACACUGAUAGUGGCGCGUCUUGACUACAAUGCUGAUGAAAAGGAUCUCGAACGCGAGUUUGGGCGCUUUGGCCCGAUUGAGCGCAUCCGCAUCAUUCGAGAUACACAUGCCCACGAGAAACCAAACAAAAAACAUAAACCUCACCGCGGCUACGGCUUUGUAGUCUUUGAACGUGAGAAAGAUAUGAGAGCUGCUUUGGACGGAUGUGAUGGCAUCCGCAUCAAGGACCGCCGUAUCAAGGUCGACGUUGAGAGGGGCAGGACAGUUAAGGGCUGGAAGCCUCGCCGUCUCGGCGGAGGCCUUGGCGGUCGCGGAUACACCAAGGCCGCGAUGAAUAGGCCGAUGGGCCCUAGCGGCGGCUUUGGCGGUGGGUUCCGUGGUGGAUUUGGAGGCGGCUUCAGAGGCCGCGAUCGUGGAUUCAGAGGAGGUGGCGGAGGAGGCUUUGGCGACCGCGGAUUCCGUUCUGGCGGCGACCGGGGUGGCGGCUAUGGCGGCCGGGGAGGUGACCGCGGCUUUGGCGGUCCUAACGGUGGUUAUUCUUCUGGUCCCCCCAAUGCGCCUAGUGGACCCGGCGGAGGCUUCGGUGGAGGCUUCGGCGGUCGCGACAGCCGACGGGACGGCGCCGGAGGUCCCGGAGGCGGUGGGUAUGGCCGCGAGGGCGGCGGCUCACGCUCAUAUGAUGACAGAUCUGGCGGAGGCUACCGUGACCGCAACGCCCGACAGACCGGCAGCAACAUGGAGCCCAUCCGACCGCGCGGCGAGAAUGGUGGGUAUGCCCAGGGCAGCAACAGCAUGCAGGGCGGCCGAGACUACGACCGGCCCAGAGACCAUGAUUACGACGAUUCCCGCAAGCGCCGUUACGAGGGAGGCUACGAAGAUCCCAGAAAGCUGCGACGCUACUAA